AAAAGUCCCCAAAAACUUGAGGUUGAUACCGAUUAGUCCUCAACCUCAAAAAUUGGCAGUGAAAAUACCCAAGGUGGACAAAGUUGUUUGUCCGUUCAUACUCAGUCCGUUAGUGAGACUAACGGGACACGUGGACGCACCAGAUUUAAUCCCCUUUUUUAUUUUUAAUUUUCCCCUAAAAUAUAAAAGUAUUAACUAAAAAAAAUUAAUAAAACCUAAAAAAAUAAAUAAAACAAAUUAAUAUAACAAAUUAAUUAAACAAAUUAAUUUAAAACCUGAAAACAUUUCAAAAAAAAAAAAAAAAAAAAACUUCAUUACAGAAGUAAAAACCAAACACACUGAAAACAUGAAGCCCUAAAUCAAACCUAAAUCCCUAAAUCCCUAGGUCGAAGGUUUAAGAACGACGAUGAUGGACGAAGCUUAACAACAACGAAGCUUGGACGAAGGUUGAGAAGAAUGGAUGGGGAAGGUUCGUACAGUAGUUCUGGUGUCAAUAAUAGAAGGUUGAGAGUAGCUGGUGGUUCAAACCAUGAAAGGGAACCUCAAAAUUGCUACUGUGGUAUCCCGUGGAUUGCAAGAACAUCGAACACAGAGGCAAACCCAGGUCGUCGUUUCAGGAGGUGCAGAUUUUCAAGUGCUGAUGGAGGAUGUAAGUUCUUUGAAUGGAUGGAUGUUGAAUCUUGUGGAAGGUGCAGAGAAAUAAUUCCAGGACUUUUGAGAAAGAUAACCAAACUUGAAGAUCAAUUGAUGUUGUAUGAAGCAAAUGAACAUUUGCAAGCAAAUCAAGAUUUGGGAAAGGUUCAUGGUUGUGAUUGUGGGCACAUAUGGUAUGUAAUGGACAUGGCACUUGUAUUGCCAUUGUUAAUGGAAUGUAUUUUUGGUACAAUAUGUGGUACUGUAUGUGGUACUGGUUUUGGUGUGUGUACAACAAAAGUUGUUAAUGGAAUGUAUUUUUCAGACAAUAUGGCAAUGCAUUACUGA